AUGAAAGAAGUCAUUGUUCAGCCAACCCUGCCACAAGUCACCGCAUACGUGCGGGACACUACAAUCCCCAACAUAGCACCCGACGAAAUGCUUGUCAAAGUUGAAGUUGCAGCUAGCAACCCUAAAAGUAUGUACUCGUUCGGCAGCCAGCUGAGAAUCUGCUCGCUGACCAGCUUAGAUUUCAAGCAUCUGUACGCUACCAACAAGGCAGUUAACAGCGGAGAUGAUGUCGCCGGCUAUGUGAGCGCAGUCGCGAAAGACGUCGAGAACACAGGCGAGUUUUGCAUUGGUGACCGAGUGGCUGGUUUCCACAAGAUGCUCAUGCCCGGUGGAGCGUAUGAUAACGUUGUUAAAUUGCGCCUACAGUUCUUCUAG